AUGUCAGCAACUAAAUUGUAUCCACUUGAAGCCUUUUCAGUUUUAGGUAAAUCAUGGCACAAAAUUUGUUUUAAAUGCAGUGUCGCAGAAUGUAGACAAGUAUUAAACUUAAAAACAGUUCAACCACAUAAUCCAACUGGUAAAAUCUAUUGUGCAAAUCAUUAUCCAAAAGAAAAAGCUACCUCUGUUGCCGAUUCAUUAUCAGUUGUUAAUGCAACCAAUGCACCAAAAGUAGCAUUAACUAAUACUCAAGUUAAACCAGUUGAUGCACCAACUCAAACUGCUGAUACAAUGCAAUUAAAUAAUGCUAGAAGUGCACCAAAAGUAGCAUUAACUAAUAAUCAAGUUAAACCAGUUGAUGCACCAAUCCAAACUGCUGAUACUAUGGCAUUAAAUAAUGCAAAGAAUGCACCAAAAACAGGUUUGGUUAAUCAACAAAUUAGAGAUGUUGAUGCUCCAUCACAAACUGCUGAUACUAUGGCAUUGAAUAAUGCAAAGAAUGCACCAAAAACAGGUUUGGUUAAUCAACAAAUUUACAAUGUUGAUGCACCAACACAAGCUACCGAUACUAUUGCAUUAAAUAAUGCUAAAAAUGCUCCAAAGACUAAUUUAGUAAAUCAUCAAAUUUAUGAUGUAGAUGCACCAAGCCAAACCAUAGAUUUGAAAUUACAAAAUGCAUUAAACGCACCAACCCUUCCAAAAGUUAAUAAUGAAAUUAAAGCCAUCGAAAGAAAUGUUUAA